GGGACACAUUGAAGCCAGUGGGUGGAAACUGAUCGAGUCAUCCAGUGUUAAAAGACGUCUGAGACCAGUUUGAUACCAGCUCAGCCACUUCAACAGACACCAGUCCCACUCCCACAGAGGACAGAAGCAGAGGACAGGAGAAUGGAUCCUUUACCCACCAGCCUCCCUGCUAAUCUGACCUCACUGGCAGAAAAUGGAGACCAAACAGACAACAGUAACUGUUCAUCCGUAUCUCAUGAGUGGGUCUACAGCUUUGUCCCGGUGUACAUCCUGUCCAUCUCUGUGCUGGGAAUGGCGUUGAACAUCUUUGUUCUGAUGGUUUUCAUCCUCCAUAAGAAGUCCUGCUCCGUAGCUGAGAUCUACAUGGGAAACCUGGCUGUUGCUGACUUGCUUCUGACCUCCUUCUUGCCUUUCUGGGCUGUUAGUGUUUGGAAUCAGUUCGAGUGGAAGUUUGGUCUCGCUAUGUGCAAAAUCGUCAAUGUGGCGAUUCCGAUGAACGUCUACUGCAGCAUCUACUUCCUGAUUCUGGUCAGCAUCGAUCGGUACUUGGCUCUGGUCCACCCGCUGUCUCAUCAAAAACUGCGUCGGCCAAAAUGUGCUAAAAUUUCUUGCGUCCUGGUUUGGAUUCUGGGUUUCCUUCUCAGUCUUCCGAAGCUCAUCAACCGGACUGUGGAAGAGUUCAGUUGUUAUGAAGAACAUUAUCUCAUAUCUCUCAUAAGCGAUUUCAUGUUUUUGGUGUUUGGGUUUUUUAUUCCCAUUUCAAUUAUCCUGUCCUGCACCAUCAAGAUUCUCCAAACUCUAAGAAGCAGAUUUAUGGAAGAGGAAAAAGCAAAGAGUAAAGAUAGGAAGGCCACCACUUUGGUCCUGGCUGUCUUGUUUGCAUUCCUGAUCUGCUGGGUUCCAUAUUAUCUGCUCAAGAUACCAUCCCUGCUCAAUGAUUUUGGUUACCUGCAGGACUGUAACUCUAGAAUUAUCAUGUUCUACUGUGGACAGAUCUUCAUGUACCUAGGCAUCUUCAAUAGCAUUCUUAACCCGAUUCUCUACGUCAUUGUUGGGAAAAACUUCCAGAAGAAAGUUAGGGAGCUCUUCAAGCAGUGGAACCACCGGCGGGGUUCCACCUUCAGCCUCAUUUCUACAAGCACCAAAAUAACACGAAGUGUUAAACUCCAGUUACAGGCGGAGCCACUUAAAGCUGCUGAGUAAAGCCAGCGGCUGCAGAGCGGCUGCCUUUCAUUUUUCAGAUGGUGACCAGAAGCUUUCUGGGAGCUCCCACUGUACUAUUCACUGGAAAACCCCUCCCACUGGUAACACCCUCAGCACCAUUCAGCUGGAUAUCACUGCAAUGCCUUCUAUAUCCACGGGGGGCAGCAGUGAUAUUUGAAUAUUUGAAUAGGUUGGAAUUCACUCCAUCUGUAUCUGUUCUGAUUGAUAACUGAAGGUCUGUACCAGAGCCUCUUCUGUGGUCCUCAAGUUUCUAGAUUCACUUUUUCUGAUUUCCUGUUUCAGUCUUGCUGAUCUGAGGCUGAUUUUAUAAAUGUAGAAACUAGUUAAGCUUUGUUAGCAGCAGCUCUUCUUUAGCAAAGACUCCGAAUCCCUGGUAGGAACAGAUUAAUUAGGAUCUAGGACUGAGAACCUGCUGCAGUCCUGGACUCACUUCAGAGUUCAGCACAAUCUGAAUGUAUUGGACUGUGUUCCAUCAAAGCAUGGCCUAAAGGUUCAUUAGCACUCCUUCACGCUAUUUUUUGACCCAUUCCUAGGGCCGCACAGAGGCGCCAUUCGUCCCUCGAUCCUCUGACUCUUUCUGCAUGGAGUUAGCAUGUUCUCUCCGUGCAGCGUGGGUUCUCUCCAGGUACUCCAGCUUCUCCCCACAGUCAAGAAACACGACUGUUAGGUAAACUGGUGUCUCUAAAUUGUCCUGAGGUGUGAGUGUGUCUGCAUGGUUCUACGUCUUUGUGUGUCUCUGUGUCGCCCUGCGACAGAUCCCGCCUCUCGCCCACAGAGAGGCCCCGGCCCCACCGUACUCACACCUCGUUCUCUCAGCCCCGCCCUGGGCGCCCUGCCGCUUGCUCUCAUCACAUCUGGGCAGAUGUUUUUUCUUGCAGCGUGUCUGAGAUCAGUGUGACGGGUCAGGAUCUAAAGUAGGAAAAGCUCCUGUGAUUUGAUCUCUCUCUGUUGUUUCAUCCCCCUUAUUUCAGGGAAAUCCGUCCAGCGAUCUGCUAUGUGAGGAACAGGUGGAGGAUAAGAGGAAGUAUUUCUAUUUCUAUGAUACAUCAUCUGGUUUAUAUAAAGCAUUUCUAUAACACCCCCCCUUUCUGUGGGUUCUGCAGCAGAGCCUCUCUUUGAUGCAAACACUUAGAGGCAAAACAAUCUUUCUUCCUCUUCUUGGCACCAUGAGACCAGAUUCCUCAGCUCUCAGAGUGAGCAACAAGCUUUAGCCUCACUGAAGUAGAAACGUUUCAUCUAGACUUUCACCCAUUUCAACGUUCCUGCUGUAACAAAGACCAGGAGGAGCAAACGUAGCUCAUCAUUCCUGGUUUAAGGUUAUUUAGUCAUUCUGAUGCAAUAUUCUCCUAAUGUUCAGCCAUCGUUCGUCCACUCCUGAACUUUUGCUGAUGAACGAGUCGUUUCCUAAUGAGCAGUUUUCUGCGUUUUCUGGUUCCUGUUUCUAUUGUAUAUUUCACCAUCUGGAUGUAUUUAGUGUCCAUGUCUAUAUAGUGUGUUUAUGAUAAAGAGCUUAAUGGAGGCUCUCAAAGUGAACAGCAGUGAUUGACAUGUUGUAAAUCUUUGGAAGUAAUGGACUGAAGGAGCAUAAUGGAGACAAUCAGGAGUUUUUCUCCCUGGUCGUCCUAAUAGAGGUUUUCAUUGCUUUGAUUUCUCUUAUGUGCUUUUUGUUUGGCUGCUGUGUGACGUUGGAUCCAUGUUUGUUGUGAUUUGUUAAUGAACUGUUGGGCAUCAGUUCGCCUGACUGCAAAGCAUCUGCUAUGCGUAGAAAGUAAGCAGCGUUCUGGAGCCAUGAGCAUGGAAGAACGGCCGCUAAGUUCACUCGCAUGGCCCCGCCCCUGACGCCAAAUGAGCUCAUUUCCUUUUUCCUGAAAAUGGUGACCAUCGUAGAUCACAGAGAAACGACUGUUACCACAAUUCUGUUUCCUUAUCUGUCUCUUUCUUCGAGGUUGAAUAAAGAAAGUAAACUUAAGUUUUUUUUAUUUCUGUACGACAAAACAUAUUUAACAGUAUGAUGUAAACUGUGUUUUAAAAAAAUAUAACAACUUCUGUCAAUAAAAUUAAU